AUGUCUUACCAGUAUCCCAUUCCGGCGACUCCUAGGGUCAUCUCGCCUUCGCCCACUCCAUCCGAAGCCUCCGACCGUCAGGACUCCUAUUUCGCGCCGGUCACGCGGUCUGCAGCCAAAGCCCAGCGACAGAGAUCCCCGCAGCCAGAACCGAUCCACGAAGAAAAAGAUGGCUCGGGUUCGGAUUCCAGUGUCGAGAAACGCGCGAGGACGAGGUCGAGAAGCCCAAUCCUGUCAGCUGCAGUCCAUAUGAACGGGGCAUCAAGUACCGGUUCCAAGAAGAGGCGCAUGAGCGGUCUUCCUACCAAAACCCCAGUCAAAAAAUCAGAACCCUUGACAAACGGAACAAUCCCAGUUCCACAGCCCAAUGGACACCUCUCACCGUACGAUCGGGUCAAGAAAUCCUGGCGAGAGUUUUCCAGAUCACCAUCUCCGUUAGGUUUGAUCCCACUACACCGACAUUACCGAAACCUUAUACACAAGCACGAAAUCCCUAGAAAACUUCUUCAUGUCUCGAUAGGAUUUUUCACUCUAAGGUUUUACGUCACCGGCAUUCAAACGACCUCGAUCACGCCCUGGCUGCUUGGUGCCUUGGCAAUCAUUGCACCAACAGAUGUCCUGAGACAUCAUUCCGAACGCUUCAAUCGAUUUUAUAUAAGAGUUCUGGGUGCUUUGAUGCGAGAGGCUGAGGUUGACGGCUACAAUGGCGUCAUCUGGUAUCUUUUUGGAGCCUAUGUCGCGUUGAAGUUUUCGCCAAAAGACAUUGGGGUUGUAUCGAUAUUACUAUUGUCCUGGUGCGACACAGCCGCAAGCACAAUCGGUCGCUUGUAUGGACGUUAUACGAUCCGCCUUCGCCGAGGAAAGUCUCUGGCAGGCUCCCUCGCUGCAUUUCUUACUGGCGCUAUCGUCGCCGUUUUCUUCUGGGGUUACCUCGCUCCCCGAACAGGUCCCUUUCCUGACGAUCCUGUUGAGGGUUUUAUGUUCAAAGACCGACUAUCUCUCCCGAAUGGGGUUAAGGAACUCCUUGGCUGGCAACCCAGCCAGGGUGUCAUUGUUGGCAAUGCUGCAUUGGCCGUUAUGAGUGUGUGUACCGGCAUCAUCGCGAGUCUCUCGGAGUUGGUAGAUUUAUGGGGAUGGGACGACAACUUGACGAUACCGUUAUUGAGCAGUGCCGGCCUGUGGGCCUUCCUGAAAGUCUUUGGCUGA